ACCCCGCCCACCCUAAACACCUCGCCGGCCAAGCCGGCCUGCUGAUGGGCCAUGGAUCCGGGAGCUGUGGACAACUACUACGACCUUCUUGAAGGCUUCGGUGAAGAACAGGAGGAGAAUGGCGAAGUCCCCGAGGAGGGAGAGGAGGGAGCGGAGGGAGAGGAGGGAGAGCAGGGAGAGGAGGGAGAGGAGGCGCUGGAGGCCGCAGAGGGAGCUGAAGAUGCGCAGGAGGAGCUGGGCUGGUCAGUGGAUACCACUGCGGAUGGUGCGGGCGGCACCGGUGAGACCGACUUCGAGGAGUACGCGGCAGAUCUGGCGGUAUCAUCGGCUGCUUCCAUCGAGGCUGAGGUGGACGCCGCGGCGGAGGCGGCGCUGGCGGCCGAGGCGGCGCUGGCGGAGGAGGCCGCGCAGACGGCGGCGGCCUUCGGAGUGGAAGAUGAGGUGCCGGACUUCGGGGAGGAGUUCCCUCAGGAGAACGGCGUGCCGGUGAAUAUGGAGCUGGAGGCCUAUGAAGAGGAGGAAGAGGCAGAGGAGCAAGAGGAGGGUGACGUCAUUGAGAACCCUCCAGAGGAGGAGGCCACUCAGGCGCCCGAGGAAGACGCGAGGCUGGCUGAUGAGUCCGCAGGCUCGCGAAAGCGGCCCAGAGACCCCGCCACCCAGGAGUUGCUGAGGGACGUGACUCCUGCAGCUCUGCUGGGGAAGCUUCGGAGGCUGGACCCAAGUGUCGCCACGGAGGGGAACUACAUGGUGGACGGCGAGUUGGAGGCAGAGGCGCUGGCGGAGGACUUCCAGCUCACCAAGGACUACUCCGCGCAGGCGCUGGAAGAGGCGCUGGGGCCCAUGCGCUCCGCGGUGCAGCGGGUGCAGAGCCGGGUGAAGUUCCCGGAGCAGUCGGACGGCAUCACCGAGAUCUAUCCAGGCUCCAUCGUGCUGGGGGACGCGGACGCCUGCCGCGACAUCCCGGCCCUGCGCCGGAACCACGUGAAGAAGGUCAUAAACUGCGCGCCGCAGACGGUACGGGACACAGGUAGUUCCUUCUACGGCCCCGGCGUCGAGUAUUUGGAGCUUUGGCAGGAUGACUUUGCGGACUAUUGCAUCAUGAACGACUUCGACGUGGUGUGGUCCUUCGCUUUCGGCGAGACAGGGGGCUGCGUGCUGCUGCACGGGGAGCAGAGCGACAACCGCAGCUGUGCGCUCGCGCUGGCACUGCGUAUGCGGCUCAUGCGGGAGACCCAGCAGAUCAAAGACCCCGAGGUCCUGCUGAAGAGCGCCUGGUGCUAUGUGGCCGCAAGAAGGCAACGAGUGCUGAGCAACACCAGCUUCCAGAAGCAGCUGUUGCUCUUCGCCCGCAUGGGCUGCCGCUGGUUCCCCACGCUGGAGAACACCUGGCGCUCGGUGCAGGAGCGGCACAUGGCGCAGUUCCGGGCCUUGGCUGAGGACACCGCCAAGCACAUCGUGUGUGCCAAUCAGGAGUUCCCGCAGGGCAGCUGGUGGCGCGCUAUCGUGUACAUCCGCGAUGGCGUGAUGCGAGGGGAGCAGCGCCUGUCCUGCGCCUAUGACCUGAGCAGCGACUUGAAGCGCCAGAAGGCCCACGCGCGCGUGAAGAGCUACGCCACCUCGGCCAUGCCCAAGCUGGUUUCGGCGGCCACGGCUGCGGCCAAGCAGAUUCAGAUCAACAUCCGCAAGCUGUGAGAUCGCGGCCGGCAACGAACUCCGACGCGAAUGAGUUGCCAGAAGGG